AUGUCCGGAUCAGACUCUGAGAGCGAUACUGUUCUGCUUGAGACAGGAGACGUGCAUGAUUUUAAUUCUGGCAACAUUCUCCCACUACCGGCAAGCGAGCUUGCCAAAAUUACUAAAUGGCUUCAGCCAACUCCAUACGACUUCGAAAGAGGCGAAUACUCCAGACAUAGCGCCUCCCAUCUGGCUGGGACGGGUACUUGGCUCACAGCGACCCAAGUCUAUCAGCAAUGGCACUCCGGCGACAAUGGAUUGCUGUGGAUCAAAGGCAUACCCGGCUCCGGAAAAUCCGUCAUGGCAGCUUCUAUAAUCAAACAACUGCAAAAGGAAAAUGUUCCAGUGAUCUACUUCUUCUUCCGACAGAUCAUCGAAGCGAACCACAAGCCCAUUGCUGCAUUGCGAGACUGGCUAUGUCAGAUUCUGACAUACAGCCCUCCACUGCAGACCAAACUGUCAAAAUACAUUGCAAAAGAGCGAUCUCUCGAUUCUUUGUCCCCGGCCGAUCUGUGGAGUGAUCUCAUGCUGGCAUUGCGCGAUUUACCGAAGGCCUUUUGUGUGACAGAUGCUUUGGAUGAGAUGGAUCUCGGAAAUGAUGGUUUCCUGAAAAACUUGGUUGAUCUCGGGCAAUGGUGCCCAAAGAAUAUCAAGGUUUUGAUGACUUCGCGGCCCAUAUCCCGCUUGGAGACCACGUUAAGGCCAUUUCCAAUCCACCAAAUUCGACUCGAAGAAAGCCUGGUGGAUCAAGAUAUUGCAGCAUAUGUUCAGCAUCAACUUCGCAGCUACUCCGUCGCCAAAGAAAAUUGGAGUGCGAUUCAAGAAGCGAUUCCCGGUCGCGCCAAUGGGAUAUUCCUUUACGCGAAGAUGUCCCUGGAUGUCUUUCUCGAGCCUGGAACGAAUGUGCAAGAGGCUCUCAAAGCACUGCCAAUGGAUCUCAACACGAUGUAUAAUGAGCUUCUGCGAGAGCAUGCGCGGCGAUCGAAUGUGCCUUUCGAGCUCCAACGCCUUAUCCUUCAGUUUGUCACCCACGCCACACGCCCGCUCCGACUUCUCGAAAUUGCUGAGAUGUUGAAUAUACACUCUGAAUGCAAUCGGAGUUUGAAAGAAACUAAAGACCAGGUCAGAAAUGCCUGUGGACCUCUGCUGGAAAUGUUGCCGGAUGAGACCGUCUCGGUCAUUCAUCAUACGUUGACCGAAUUCCUUAAGGGACACACCAGAUCUAGACUCCUAGUCAAGUCAGAGUAUCCAGUCUUUGAAGUUGGCUCCACCAAUUUGCACCUAACAAUGGAAUGUCUACGUUAUAUGCGGGCAGGAUGUCUCGACAGCAUAGAAAUUACAGAGUCAAGACCGAAAGAGAGCUACUCUCGAUUCCUUGAGCGGAAGGAGAAGAAAAGACAAGAAGUACGAUUACAAUUUCCCUUCUUGGAGUAUGCCGCGAACAACUGGUACAAGCAUGGCCGCCUGGUUAAAGCGUCGGAUGAAAAUCUAAAAGCAUUCCAUGAGACUCUUGAGACCUUUUUUGCAGAAACACACCGUUACCGUGUUUGGUUAGAUCUGGUCUGGCCAAGCUCGAAUUUCGAGGGCAUAACACCCCUUGUCGUCGCUGCCCGGACAGGGUUAUCUCGAUUUGCUGAAUAUAUCUUAUCCAAGAGCGAGGGCAUUGGCACAGACUCUGCUAGUUUGGCUAUGUCAUGGGCAGCAUCGUACAAUCACGGAAAUGUGAUUCGGGUGCUCGUGGAUCACGGAGCUGACCCGGACGUUGAACUGAGCGAAGGGCUGAAGCCAAUGCAUCUAGCUGCCAAAUCAAACCAUGUGGAUGCCGUCAAGGCUUUGAUUGCUGCUGGAGUCACUCCACUGACACCCAAGACGAAAAACGACACCCCUUUACGUGGAUGUGUCGUUGGCGGGCUUGGACCUAGUACCAUAGGUCACACUCCCUUGAUGUAUGCGUGCCAUGCGGGUCAUCUAGAGACUGUGGCUGAGUUUGCUCCAUGCUUGAACAGUGUAGAAGACAUACACCGAGCACUACAUUGGGCGGCUGAGAAGGGCCGAUCGAGCAUUGUAGAGCUAAUCCUUCAGCAACCCGGAAUCGAUGUCAACGCCAAGGUGCAAGGCAACACCGCUCUUCUGCUGGCUUGCAAGACAGGCAAUGUGGAUACAAUUCAAGCCUUGAUCAAAGCUGGUGCGGAUCCAACCGUGUUCUGCGAGACAGUUAAAGAAGACCAAGGAGGCAGACUCAAUCCUUACCCUACCACUGCUAACUUACGAAAGCAAACAUCUUCUUCCGAUGACAGAGGAUAUACGGCGCUUCAUGCUCUGUGUAAAAUCCCUGUCUACGGAGAUAAAGCACGCAGUAAAGCCAGCGAGUGUGUAAAAGCUCUUCUACAAGCUGGCGCCGAUGUCCAUGCAAAGGACCUCAAAGGAUUAACAGCUUUACACUACGCGUUUAAGUCAUCGAUAAAAUGGAUGGAGCCUCUACUGGAUGCAGGUGCCGAUCCUACCAUGGAAGACGACAAUGGAGAGACAGUCCUUCAUUGUUCAUCGUCUCACGACAACGAAGCUUUAGCUUUGCUCCUUAAGAGUGAAAAGGUGGAUAUUAAUAAACCUAGAGCAAAGGAUGGAAAGACGCCACUGCUUUGUCGUCUUGCAGACAACAUGAGUCAUGACAAAGACAUAAUCAAUUUCUUAGUCUACAAGCCCGACAUAACUGUCACAGAUUAUAAAGGAGAUGGACCAUUGCACCUGGCAUUGAGGCGCAGCAACGUCGACUGUGAGCUGAUUGACGAGUUGCUGGCUGCAGGCGCCAAUCCAAUUCUAAGGAACGCAGCGGGGAACACUCCAUUGCACCAGGCAACCAACCGCCUCAGCCGCGAGAUACUCAAAGCUCUUCUCCAAGCCGGAGCAGAUCUCGAGCUGAGCAAUAACAAGGGCCAAUCGGUUCUUUUUGCCCAAUUUUCAUCGACCAAAGGUCUUCGUGAUAAGGCAGAAAUUCUAGGCCAGCUUGCUGGAGAGGGUGCACGUCUUGAUACGCGUGACCACAAGGGCCGUACUCUGUGGCACUGCGCUACUGACAGUAUCAAAACACUCUCCCUUCUCGAAAGUCUAGGAGUUGAUCCUUUGGUGUCAGACUACGAUGGAAACACCCCGCUCCAUGAAGUUGUCUCUGAUCAGUCAUUGCACGGAAAGCGAGAAGUAUUGGAACGAUUGGUGGGAAUGGGUAUGAACAUUAACCAACGCAAUAACCAAGGCCGAACCGUCUUGCACGCUGUUUGUUCAAGAGACCUCCCCAUAAACAGUGGUGGAGAAUCAAUUCACGCAAUUUUUGACUACGUCCUCAAACAGUGCGAAUGUCUAACGGUUGCUGAUCAAAAUGGUAUUCAGCCGCUACAUAUUGCUGCUACAAUCUCUGAAGCAUUUUUCUAUAAACUUCUCAACGCUGGUGUCGACCUUUCCGCAACUACAAAUGAUAAGAUGACAGUCCUUCAUCUUGCUGCGCGUGCACGUCAGUCCGGAAUUAUCGAUAUGAUACUAUCUCGAGCCAAGUCUCUUUCCGAGAAAACACGCUUUAAUUUUUUAAACAGUAAAGAUGAAGACGGACGAACCCCACUUCAUUAUGCAUGCCGAUCCGGUCGCCCCGAAACCGUCAAAUCCUUGCUUGAGGCCGCAGCAGCCUGUGAUGUUCUUGACAUUCACAAACACUCUCCCCUCGCAAUGUGUGGGGAGUUCGAAAAGGAAGCCUCACUUUGGGAUCGCCGUAUGCCUUCACAAGACCCAGGACGGCAGCAAUCAAAUAGGGGUCUCAAUGCAGCAGGUCUGAGGCUGAAGGAUGAGACACGUCCAUUUUUCGACCGAGCUGACAGUGAUACGUUGGCUCCUUUCGGAAGGAUUGAAUCAGAACAUGGUACAACACGAUUGACCGAGAUCAUAAACAUGCUUGUCAAGUAUGGGAGUGGUCUGGAGAGUGAUGAAAAGUCUCUAGAGUAUGCAUGGAAAUAUGCAGCGCAGCCCGAAUAUGGAUAUACACUCUCUUGUCUUCCACCCUUGCCGGACCGACCUCCAAAGCCCCCUGUUAUCUAUAUUGGGUGGAAUCCGGAGAUGGAAGAUCCGGACAAGCAGCUAAAAAUGUCGAUUGCAAACAAUUGCCGGAAAGCAAUCAAAGACACCCUGAAAACGAGUGGGAAACCAAAAGAGGGCAUAGAAAAAAAGUGGGGCCGAGAUCAUGCUACACGUUUACGACAUUGCUCAGCUGAGAAAGCUCUGGCUUUGAGGUAUUAUGAUCUAUUUGAGAACCUUUCAGGGGGAAGAGAUAGCCUCCACAUAUCUGAUUAUCAUGGGAAUACUUCACUGGGUAUGCUUGCUCGAUGGGGAUUUGUUGACCUUCUCGGCCGCCUGUGUACACGGGAAGCAGCGGUACAGCUUGAUGGUGUUGACUGGACCACGAAUCCAAAUGAAGAUGACCUCCAAUGCAGUAUACCACUGGUAAUGUCCGCCUGUGAACGACAACUCCCCAACAUGGAGGUUCUGAAAUUGGUUGUUGAAGAAUUUGGGGUCAACGUCAAUGCCAAGCGGACACAGCGUAUCUUUCGUGAUCGAGGGCAUUUUCCAUCAAUUUGCAACGGAGUUUUGCACGAUCUCGCUGCUGGGAAAUUCUGGUGGCAUGUGGACAAAGCCCUUCCGUAUCUGAUCCAAAUGGGUGCAGAUAUCAAUAUUCGCAACAGAAACGGUCAGACACCUCUCAUCGUUGCGCUCAAGUCUCAUCACCCAUUUUCCAAGGAGGCUUCCGAAUUUCUCAUAAAAGCUGGUGCGGAUGUUAAUGCAAUUGACACUGAUGGCAACACGUGUCUAUCGAUUGCUGGAAACGAUAUGGUUUUAAUCAGGCUCUUAAUUGCACAUGGUGCUGAAGUUAGCCCGUCCGCUGUGCUUUCUGCUUUAGAACUUAUGAAGGUAGAGUUCUUGGAGACUCUACUCUCCCAAAGUGGAAGCUCAAUAGUGAGGCAACCGCUUCCAAAAGAAAGCUCCCGCAGUAACGGAUUGGGAAAUUUCAAAACUGUCGGAAUCGGAGCCUUGCCACUGUUAUUCGUAGCUGCAGACCACCAUUUCAAGAAAGCUCCUGAAGCGAGGAAGCAACUGAUGAAAAUCCUCCUGAAGCAUGGAGCAGACCCAUAUUCUGCCUUUGAGCAACAACAAUACCAGAUUUUGCGCAGAGGCUCCAGUGAGGAGCCCAAAGACUUCCCAGUCACAACUGCGACCUUAGUUCACGAGCUUCUAAGUGGAGACCAUAUUGUUGAUCCAAUUUUCAACCUGCCAUCUUUGGAUAUUGAGUGCCGUGACGAGAAUGGCUGCACGCUGAUCUUAGCCGCAUCCAAGAGUUGCAGGCAAGGUAUCUUCGACUCAAACCAAAAUCAAAAGUUGAACAACACGGAGUCCUUGCCGGAACUCAUCAAACGUGGCGCAAAUGUCAUGGCGCAAGACAACGAGGGAGAACGAUUCUCCAUCACAUUGGAAGUCAUCGCACCGGAAGCCUGA